AUGGUCACAUCUCAAAGUCCUCCUUUCAUGCCUCACAAGGCUAAUAUGAUCAUCAAUGCCUGGUGCCACAGUCAUAGGUACGGCUUUGCAGACAAAGUGGAUCUAGAAUCGGGUAAGGUUGUCGAGUGGACAUACGGUAGCAUACCAAAAAACCUCCGUGAAAUCAUCAAGCACACACUUGGUGAUUUUUCGGAGAGCGUAGACGAAGCGGUCGAUUGCUUUAUUGAGACUGACUGCACAGAUUCGGAUCCUGAGUUCAGGCAAGCACCAGGUGUGCCAUCUUCAAAGCUUCUGCAUAGUUUCAUGCACGAUAAAAGGAAGCGUGUCCUGCUGCUUCUCGGACAGGCCGGAUCAGGCAAGUCAACCAUCGGCAUGAAGUGGGUAAUAGAGAUGGGAGAAGCAUGGCAUGCAGACAAAGCUUACCCAGUGUAUCUAUAUCUUCCGAGAUGCAAAAGUGUAAAGGAAUACAUGAAGGAUGCUGUGGGGCCUGAGAAAUCGCCAGUCAAUGAUCAGGCGUGGAGAGAUUUCCUUCGCCGUCACUCGUUUUUCGUCGUAAUGGAUGCUUAUGAUGAGAUGGGGACGACAGAGAAUGUUGUCGACAAGCUAUUCAAGGAGCUUGCAGUCAGCAAAGGCAUCAAGGUUAUCGUUACUUGUAGGAGUGGCUACCUGAAAAUGGAAGGAAAGGCAGACCCGCUCUUUUGGCCGCAUGGGCUUGGGGGAAGGGAAGCCCUUCAAGUCGCUUGGGUUUGUCCACUGAGCUGGAACGCGAAGGAUCAAAUCAGCCGAUACAUCGAAGACCAAGUAAUGAAGCGAUCUCACAAGGGAUUGAGCAUGGAGCAAUUUGAAGAGGCAUUAAAAUCAAAUCCCGAGCUCAAAAGCAUUAUAAGCACACCCUACUCGUUGAAGGUGAUGCUUACUGUGCUUCCUGGACUAUUUUACAAACGAAUGAACAAGCCAAAAUCCAUGAUUACACGACACAGCAUGUACAAGGAGUACGCCAAGGAGUGGUAUAGAAGAGAGUGGGACAAAUUGAAGCAAAAUCAUAAGCUUGCAGAGUUGGCGCAGCAGGCCGAGGUUGAUGAUGGAAAUUACAUUCGCUGGUACUCAAGAGCUGCUCAACAGCUCUGUCUUCACAUGCUCAGGCAACGUAACAUCAUCAUACGACACAAGUCAGGGGGGAUCUUCCUAUCAGAACCUCCUUUCAACCUGUCGAUGAGGCAAGGCCACGUGGAGAAGGAGUUGGGAUACUGGCUGCUCAGAGGCUGCCUGACACGACUCAAGACAAACAAGCUUGGAGAUAUUCUGGAGGUCAGCUUCGUGCAUGACACUGUGCGGAGUUUCUCCUUGCCGAGAAUACCUUUGAGGAGCUUCGCGCUGGUGUGGGCGAGGAAAACGAUAUCGUGCCAGAGGGUCUGA